AUGUCGCCCAGUGUCUAUUCACGAGACUCUACCGGAGAGUCCCCUGUCAGAAAGGAGAGUGAUGGAUCGAACUGCCCACCUGGUACCGUAGUUAUCGUUUCGAGCCACUCUGCAAAAAGCUACACGUUGGGAUCUUCACCAAAGAAAGAUGCCACUGUUGGAACCGUUCGUUCAAGCAAGGAUUGGAAGAAAUGGCUGUCUAAGGAAGUCUCGGAACUUGACCUGAGUCAGGACUUUGACAUGAGCAUGACGGAAGAAUGGUUACUGAAGCCCGUUGGGCACCAAAGAGAACAUGCAGAAAUUGUUGGCGUGGGAGACGGCGAUGACGAGGUCGUUAUCUUUAAAUCACGGCCAGCUUCGCACAACUAUCCGAAUACCCGCCCUGAAAGGCUCACUUUGAUCGAGCCUAAAGAAAGAAUAGCAGGACCAUCUGAUCGACCAAAAGCGGGCGAUAUGAAGUCUGGAAACCAUGCCACCGGCGCAAGCACUGAGACACCGCCCAGUGAAGCUGAGGAUCAAGUCGGUCUUCGCGGUAUUAAGAGUAGCACCCACAAGAGCGAAGUCCUCGCAGAGAAGGACAGUGGAACUGCACAGAUCGAGUCGAAGAACAGCAACAGCCCCAGCACGUCAGGAUCCGGCUCUAGCACCGAUCGUGAAUCAGAGUCAGCAUCAUCUUCAGAGCCCGAGGAGAAGAUACCAGUCAGCAGCCUCGCAGACCAGACCAUCCGCACCUCCCAAUCUUGCCAAUCCGUCCGCCGUUCCGCAGGCCGCAGUCACUCCAGUCUCGCUCACUACACCACGUCCGCCGAAGAUCCCGUCGUCAUGCAGCAGCAUCAGCAGCAAAGGCCAGCGGUCGUCCCUACUUACUCUUCUUCCGUCGAACCCGCCACUGCCCCUGCUGCUGCCAAUCCGCCCUUCCGCUACCGCCCUGCCGGCACUAUCACGCCCUUCUCCCGGCCCCGUUCCGCCUUCGACCUCCGCCAGCAGCGCAGCGGCGAUCAGCUCCGCUCCACCAUACAACGCAGCAGCCCGGUAGCAGCAGCACACAGCCCUACUGCCAUCCCCAUCGCCGCCGGCUCCACCCUCCUCCUGCCCCCUCCCCCUCACCCGCACCACCACCACCACCACCCCCACCACCUCCGCCGGAAGCCCGUGGCAGUCGGCGGCUCGCACCGCGGCCGCGGCCGCCUGACGCCGAGCCCAACGCCCAACCCCAGCAUGGAGGGCGACACGGUGCAGACGAUCAUGCAGGGACCAUACAGCAAGAGCAGCAACAGUGAAGCGGCAGCGGCAGCGGCGCCAUCCCCCUCCACGCCCCCAUGGAUCCCGCCUCCGCCACCAUCGCUCGGCCGCGCAUCGCUUUCGCGGCACAACCACCACCACAAUCCCGGCAGCCCGUCUCCGCUCUCACUGUCAGCAACAACUAGUCCUUAUCAUACUCACCAUCAUACCCAUCACAACCACUAUCAACAACAGCAACACCAUCAGCAACUCUUGACGACCCGCCAGAGCACGCCGGCGCUGCGCGUCACGCCCAAGCCUAGCUCGAUGCGCUUGUAUCAGCAGAGCUACGUCGGGUUCAAGGAGAAUGCGUCGCCUACCGCCUCCAUGACGACGACGCCCGUGGUGACGGCAGCAGCGAAGGAGUUUUUCUUCGGGGCGGAGAAUGGAGGUGGUGGCGCUGCUGGUACUGGUGCUGCGGAGAGCGAUCGCGGGACGCCGAGUCCUGGACAGUUGCUUGCUGAGAAGUGGUUGUCGACGAGGCAGCAGCAGCAGCAGCAGAAGCAGAAGAAGUCCGGUGCUGCUGCGGUGACGCCGCCGGAGGAGAAAGGCGGGGGGAGUGGUAAUAAUGUGAAGGGGGAGAGCGGGAGUAUGGCGUUCUUGUGA